GCAGCUGGUCUGAGUCUGAGCCGCGCAUGCGCACAGAUGCGCUGUAGAUCUGACGCCGCUCACUUCCGGUCAAGAUGGCGGCGCAGCGCAGUAGUCUGAUGCAGAGCCAUCAGAGCUGGACUGACGCUCUUCCUCUGUGUCAGCUGUGUGGCGUCGGUUCGGCCCCGAACUGUGUGUACGGCCCCGACGGGAAAGGGACCCAGAGCCACCCCAACGAAGACGGACACUUCUGCUUCAGCACUGAGUGCUGCUUCCUGUACGGCGUGUUUAACGGCUACGACGGCAGCCGCGUGGCCAGUUUCGUGUCUCAGCGUCUGACGGCGGAGCUGUUGCUGGGUCAGCUGAGCACCGGUCACACGGACGCAGACGUGCGCAGAAUCCUCUCACAGGGCGUCUAUCUGUCAGCUCAGACUCAGAAGAUGGCGGAGCGGCUGAAGGCUUUGGAGCAGGAGGUUUCAGGAGGAGCCACUGCCAUAGUCGCUCUGAUACUCAAUAAUAAACUCUACAUCGCUAAUGUCGGAACCAACCGGGUUCUUCUCUGUAAGACCACCAGUGAUGGUCAGAACCAGGUGAUCCAGAUCGGACGAGCGCACACAACCGACAACGACGACGAGCUGUCCAGACUCGCCCAGCUGGGUCUGGAUCCGGUGCGCUUGAGGCAGACUGGACUGAUCUCAGGUCAGAGCAGCACCCGACGGAUCGGAGACUAUAAAGUCAAAUUCAACUACACAGACAUCGACGUGCUCAGUGCAGCGAAGCAAAAGCCAAUCAUCUCGGAGCCUGAGAUCCACGGCGGCCAAUCGCUGGAGGGCGUGACGGGCUUCCUGUUGCUGAUGUCAGAGGGGCUGAUAAAAGCCCUGGAGUCGGCUCAUGGACCGGAGCAGGUCAACCAGGAGAUCGUUGCCAUGGUAGCAGCGGAGCUGGCGCAGCAGAGCAGUCUGGAGGCGGCUGCGCAGUCGGUGGUGGAGCGCGUCAAGCGUCUGCAUCACGACGCAUACGUGAGCGGCAGACAGAGGGCGCCACACUGCGCCAGACAUGAAGACAUGACGCUUCUGAUCAGAGUCGUUAACUACACACUCACAGACGGCUCGCUCACACCCACACAAGGAGGACGGAUCUACCCGGUGUCUGUGCCGUACUCGAACCAUCAGAGCACCAGUAAGACCAGUGUCAUGCUGUCUCUGGUCAUGCCGGCGCAGGGAACGCUGACCAACGGCUCCAACACUGCGUCCACGCUGGAGGGAGACACACCGACCGCUGGUCAGAGUCCCACGGCGACGCUGCAGUCGACCAACACACACACGCAGAGCUCCAGCUCCAGCUCCGGAGACGGAAGCCUGUUCCGGCAGAGAGGCAGUCAGGCGGCGCAACCGGACGAGACCGGAAGAGUGCCUCCAUAUGUCGACUUCACACAGUUCUACCGGCUCUGGAGCUCCGAUCACGGCGAGGGCCAGGGUCUGUCUGGAGAUCUGGGGCCGCAGUGAGGAUCAGGUGAAACACAAUAUUAUUCCAUCUGUGAGCCGACAACAAUCUCCUUAAACUGUAUCUUUGGCUUGUAAUCAUGGAUAGAGGAGCUCCACUGACUGUAUCAAAGGGAAACUCACAGCAUCAUGUUUAUAACACUUCACACUCACGUUUCUCUGAGCUUCUUUCUUCCUGCUUCUGUGGAGUUUGACGUCUCUGUAAAACCAAAGUGAGGUCAGACCUGCAGAGCUGCAUAUAUAUGUCUGCCUGUCUGCGUUUUCUGUGUUCUUUGAGUUUUUAGUGUUUCCUUUAAUAAACAGCUCUUGUUUCAGCACCACA